AUUGAAAAACUAUCAAUUUGAAAAAGUCAAAAUGUCCCAUCUGUUUACUUAUUACUGUUGUAGUAAAACGUAUCCUUAUGUAAUAUUAGAUGUGUCUCAGUAACCGUAGCUACAAAUUAGUGUUUGAUAUUGUUUACAGUCAUUUUGAACAAGGAAAAGGAAAUAUUUUCAUGGCAUAUAAAUUAGGAAGGGAAAACAGUUUUAAUGCAAUACGCUUUGAAACUUGAAAAUGAAAACACUACUGUCGUUACUCGUCUUUUUAUUGUGUUUAUCGUGGACAACAUCAUUGCCAUCGUUACUGUCUGAUUAUUUGAAGAACUUGCCACAUUCUCCCCGACCGCACAGAAAAGAACUAAAUGUACAUCGCCCACCAGAAGAAGAAGGGACUGCGUUUGAAUCUGAUAUUAUUUUGUCACCGGAACAAGCUAAUGAAAUAGCUAAAGAGAUUCUGACAGGAAACAGGAAACGAAGACAGACAGUACAACAAGUUACCAAAAUUUGGCCAAAUGGUAUUAUAGUAUAUAGAUAUGACGAUCAAUGGCCUAAUAACCAACUUGGUACUCUAAUAAAAACUAACGUAGAAAAGGCCAUAAAAAUGUGGGAGGACACUACAUGCCUGAGAUUUAUUCGUCAGACACCAAACACACCAAUCGGUAUCCAUGGUGUCAACAUACUCUUUGGAAACAAAUGUCAAUCACAUAUAGGAAGGAGUGCAUAUGGAAUCCAAGACUUAGAAAUUGCCCCAUACUGUAAAGACAAGAUUGGCAGCUUGGCUCAUGAAUUUGGUCACGUGGCAGGGAUGUUUCACGAACAUUCCCGACCAGAUAGAGAUUCAAACAUCACAGUGUAUUUGGACAACGUCAAAACUGGAAAUGAACAAUUCUUUAACAAACAUGGGACGGACACUGAACGAACGAAUGAACCAUAUGACAUUGGAUCUGUUAUGCACUACGGCCCAUUGUUUUUUAGUAAAGAUGCCAACGCCAAUAAAUAUACUUUGCAACCACACGAUAGAAGACUAACGGCUGCAAUGGGACAAAGAGCACACUUGAGCUUUACAGAUAUAAAAACAAUCAAUGAUUUAUAUGAUUGCAAUAAAAACUGUCCAAGAGGUUUGCAAUGUAAACACGGUGGUUACAUUGGUCCAAACUGUGCUUGUACGUGUCCGUUGGGUUUAACUGGAAGAGAAUGUACACAGGUUGUACAUAGUUCGUCAGGAUGUGGAGGCGUUUUUACAGGUUCAUCGGGAAAAUUCUCGAGUCCUGGUUAUCCACAAAAAUACCCACUCUCAACAAGUUGCACAUGGCUGAUACAGGGCCGAGUAGGAUCUUCCAUCAGCUUAAAAUUUAUCUCAUUAGACAUCGAACAUGAUGUCAAUUGUUUUUAUGAUCACCUCGAAGUAAAAACUUAUGGACCAACUUUGGACGGACCGAGAUAUUGUGGUAACACCUCUCCAGGAGAGAUCAGAUACAAUGGAAAUGCAUUGGUUGUGAAGUUUGUCUCAGACCAACAGUAUACAAACUACGGAUUUGAAGCACAAUAUUUUAUUCAUUAAUACUUGUCAACAAAAUUUGACUUUUUGUCAUUUUGCACACACAUCAUGUACAUAUUUAUAAUAAAAAUAUUUUUUGUUGA